ACGAAUCGAACUAUUCUCCGAGAAUGCGAAACUGAGUGAAACGUUGAAAAUAAAUUUUCAUUGCUGCUCAGUUGAAAAGCGUUGCGCAGCGCUUGCACACGGCAGAAAAAAAGUAUUGCUAUAAAAAACAUUUUCCACUUUUAAAGAGUCAAAGAACUUGCGUAUACACAACGCGACGUAUACGCAAUAUGCUCUUAACGCAGGCAGAGUGCGCGCAGAUCUUAAAGAAUGUGUUGAAUGCAACACAUGAGCAGUGGCACCUGUUGGACUAUCGGCUGGAAAGGGAUACGACGGCUGUCGGCUAUCUGGGCGAUUAUUAUACGCUGACUCUAAGCUACUGCACUGCUGACACAGAAACUGCUCAGGUGCAACAACUUUUUGUCAAAGCACUGCCACAGCUAAGCGAUGAGCCUGAAAAGGAGGCAAUUUUUCAUAAAGAGGCGUGGCUGUACGAUAACCUGCUGACGGAAAUGCAAAAAUAUUCCAAAGUCAAAUGGAGUGCCAAAUGCUUUUACACACGACCCGAUCUUUUAGUGCUGGAGAACAUCAAGCUGGCUGGCUAUCGAGGUGCUGCAGAGAAGCUGCUGAAUGAGGUGCAACUGCAACAAUUGCUACGCAGCAUGGCUGCCUUUCAUGCGUCCAGUUUGGCUUACGAACAGUGCCAGAGCUUUAAUAUUGGACGCGAGUGUAGCGGGCGACUGCAGGAGAUUACAGUCGCAUCCAAUAUAGCCUGGUUUACCACAGGCAUUUCUGCUGUGCUGGCUGUGAUUAAGAGUCUGCCACAGUACCAAGCGAACAAAUGUAUUGAACUAAGGCUGGCCAAGAUUGUGGAGCGGGUUUAUGAACAGGUUUCACCCUCAACCAAAUAUCGGAAUGUGCUCUGCCAUCGUGAUCUAUGGACGGGCAAUAUUUUCUUUCCGGCAAAUCAGCAGGAUGGAGCUAUACUUGUUGACUAUCAGACCAGUCGCUACACUCCGCCAGCCAUCGAUUUGUGUUUCUGUCUCUAUUUAAAUCUAACAAGCGCUGAGCGACAUCGAAUCGAAUCAAACUGUCUCAAUUUGUAUUACAAUUGGCUGCAGCAGGAAUUGCUGGAAUUUGGCUUGCGAUCAGAUGAGUUGAUAUCCAAAGAGGAAUUGCUGCAGUCCUACGAAGAGUUUCGUCUCUUUGCCUUAGUCUACAGCGCAGUGGCAGCCACAAUUAUCAAGGUGCCGCCUGCAUUCGUGACGAACGAAUACAAAUACGUCGAUCGCAGCGCUGUUAUAUUGAACUAUAUGAGUGAAAAUGCAGCGUUCAGAGACGACAUGGAAAAGUGCUGUGUCGAAGUCAUAGAAAUCGCUAUGUCUAAUUUAUAGCGUUCUCCUUCUCCAUCUCUCUCUUUCACUGUCUUUUGUUUACGCUGCACGCUCUCUUCUCACACUGAUUAGAUAGACACUGGGAGAGCGAUAAGUUCUGAUCGUAAAUUGUAAACACAAACAAAUUAAAUACAAGCAGCACAGCAAGCCAAGGCCUAAAUACACUAAAAUUGCUAUGGGUAUAUCUAAAUUGAUUU